ACGUAUAAACCGCCGCGACGGGAGUGUUUCUACCACAGACAGACAGAUAUCUGUGGUUUCUACACCCGAGUGCAGCGACACGAAGAAAACGGCUUUUAUGAAUAUGGAAGAAGGAGAAUCCGUACCGGUGCUUUCCAGAAAAGAGCUGCGUAAACAGAAACUGAUGGAAUACUUGGCUGCAAAAGGAAAGAUCAAGCCAUCAGAUCCUUUGCCUAAAACCCAAGAAGCCCACCAGCAUAAGAGGCCUGUGGCGUCUGCAGUAAAGGUUGUUACAGGAAAAGAGAACCGAGCUCAUCCUGAGGGAUUCAGACGUAGUGGCCAAAAAAGUCCAGCUUGGAAUGCUCAGUCCAAACCGAACCCUGCCAGAAGAGCAUUUGGUGUCACAAACAGAGAGAAUGUAAAAGGCAGUGUACUGAAAGGACAGCAGAAUGCUGCCCUUACAUCUUCAAACAGCGGCCCGCCACAGCCAAAACCUGAUCUUAACCAUGCACUCACGAGCACAUACACAGUUGUUUUCUCCAAAUCCAGCCUGAAUGCAGCAGGCCAUCUCAGAAAGCAACCACACACAGGAAACCAAGCUUCUGGCAAAGCCCCUUCAAACGCAGCUCGUACAGUUAGAGUCAGAUCCAACAGCAAGCUCAGCCUGAGUGCUGCCUCGUCAGCUCCAGUGUCGGCGCCCAGCACCAGGAUGAGUCUUGGACCCCUUGUCAAAACAAAAACAGGACUCAUUCCUGCAGUGACGCAGCCAAGAAACACCAAAUCAGGCGUGACACACGGCGCCGCCACAGCAGCUCGUCCCACCACUGCUCUUGUUGCUAAGAAGGUGCGCUGCAGCGAUACGUCAUCAGUCUCUCUUCCCCCGAGGUCUGCCUUGGGUGUUGGUUCUGCUGCAAGAGCUGGGAACAAACUUCAAGUGCAAACCAAGUAUAACUGUAAACCACUGCUUGGUAAACAUGCUCAGCCAUCUUGUAGGAACCAGCUAUCAAACGGACUGAAGCAGGCGGCAUCCACGUCCCUCAGGUGCCCAGCAGCAGCAGCCUAUAGGCCAGAGGGGAGAGUAGCAGCUCCCAGAUCAGUCAGUCAGCCUGCAGACAGGUCCACAAAGCUGGAACCAGGAGUUAAAGGGCAAAAGAAUGGCCAGCCAUCUUCAAGGGCAGUGAGCAGGUGCAGCUCCAGAGCCGCUGGCAGGGUUACUGCUGGGACUGCACUGGGAAGGAAAACCAAGAUGGGCAACGAGACAGACUGCAAAAAGAAAAGCUGCUCACAAAACGCCCCUUUAGCACACACAGCUACAACCAGUAGAGGCGCUCCAGUGCUGUCACAGACAGCGCCUCAACCUGCCAGGACCAUCAGCCUCACCGGCCGAGCCACGCACCAGAACACACCCAAGGUCCUGGUCAGGCCCGUGCCCCAGACUGAGGGAAAGAAGCUGACUGCUGCCCAGGAGGACAGGCUGAGAAAACUUCAGGAGUGGCGGGAAGCUAAGGGAGUUUCCUACAAGCGUCCUCCAAUGCCAGCGAAGCCUGUGGUGAGGCGCACUGUGUCCGUGCCGCAGCCUUUCUGGACAUCCAUGGAGGAGGAAGACGAGGCCCACUCCCUCAUCUCGGCUGUGGACAGAUCCUUGGCUGACUGCAUCAAGUUACUCGGAGAGGGUUGCUCUCCUGACCAGGUGAAGGAGGUCCUCUCGCGGUUGCCAUCCGUGUCCCAAAAGUUUGCCAAAUACUGGAUCUGUCGAGUGCGUCUGAUGGAGCAAGAAGGCGACCUGGAAGUGCUGCCCGUGUUCGAGGAGGCUGUUGGCGUUGUGCUGGAGCCGGUGGAUGAGCUGCGGACUGUUGUGUUUGACAUUCUGAAGAAAAAGGACGAGAUCCAAGCUGCUGAAGAGAACGAGGAGGAGCACGAGCGUAUCUCAUCGGCUGAGAGCGCUCCAGAGUGCGACAACAACCCCGUGGUGACACCCAAAGCUGUCCGAGCGCUCAUCUGUGGGGAGAAAGGAGACUCAUCGGUCGUCAAGUACAAGAUCACAGCCACUCCUGGGGGCCCUCCGAGUCAACACAGGGAACCGGUGAGAGUCAACGGCCAGGAGGUUCGCUUCUUCACCCCGGUCAGGCGCUCGGUGCGAAUCGAGAGGGCCUCACUCCGAUACCCUGCGUCCCUCCAGGACCACGACCUCUGUGUGGCUUCAUAUGGUGACCUGAUCUCUGAGGAGGAAACCAGCCCGUCUGUUGGCGACACGCCGAUGUACGUGUACAGAGAGAACGAAGCGCUUCAGGAUAAAGUGCUGGUGCGGCUCUUCUGUGACGAGGAUGUUUAGCCAUAUUUGCUCAAUUCAUCCCCAUCACUUUGCAGUUGGCACAAAAAUAUCUUCAUCCAUGUGUGCAUACGUUGGUGUUGUCCGUUCUCAGAAAUGAGUUUGACCCUUAUAAAGACAGAGCGGACGUUUAGGCAGUGGGCUGCUUUACAGUGAGGUAUGUGUCACGCCUGCUGAUAGACAAGCUAGUGGGGCUUCUGCUGGUCCUUGUAUUAUUUUAUGUCUUCAAAUAAUGCAGUGUACAUAGCAAUGUAAAAUAAAUGUUUUUCUGUUUAAACCUAUAA